AAUUUGUGGAAAUCGAAUCGAGAGGUCGUACUACUAGCAUGUCCGGCUCAUUAGCUUGCAGUCAUUUCUCUGGGUUUGUCUCCCUCCCAAUUUAUUUCUGAAGAAUUCCUUGGUUUUCAAUUCCAUUAGAUUAGCUUCGUGUCUCGUCUAGAAGAUGCCCUUAGCCCAAGAUCCAUUCUACGUUGUGAAGGAAGAGAUUCAAGAAUCUAUUGAUAAGUUGCAAUCUGCUUUUCACCAAUGGCAAAGUGCUCCUUCUGGUGCUGGCGAGCGACUGAAUCUUUCAAAGGAACUGCUUGCCAGUUGUGAAAGCAUUGAGUGGCAGGUAGAUGAAUUGGAGAAAGCAAUUGCUGUGGCAGCUAGAGAUCCAUCUUGGUAUGGCAUUGAUGAACCAGAGCUUGAAAAUCGGAGAAGAUGGACCAGCAGUGCUCGGAGUAAGGUGGGCAAAGUAAAGGAAACGGUUGAGGCUGGAAAGGGAUCAAAUAUGGUGACCCGUGAUAAUGUGGAAAUGCAUCGAGAAUUGAUGAGGCUCCCCAAUUCCCAUCAAGUUGAUACAUCUAACCAGUAUGCUGCCCAUGAUAAUGACGAUUUCAUAUCAUCUGAAUCAGAUAGACAGCUGCUUCUAAUAAAGCAACAGGAUGAGGAGUUGGAUGAGCUUAGUGCCAGUGUACAAAGAAUUGGAGGUGUUGGGCUCACAAUACAUGAAGAACUCCUUGCACAGGAAAAGAUUGUGGAUGAACUGGGUGCUGAAAUGGACAGUACGUCAAAUCGUCUAGACUUUGUCCAGAAAAAAGUAGCGAUGGUGAUGAAGAAGGCUGGCGCGAAGGGCCAGAUCAUGAUGAUACUGGCUUUGGUGGCCCUGUUCAUUUUCCUUUUUAUUUUGGUAUUCUUCACCUAGUCAUCAAGUUGGGCCCAGUCUAUGCGGUCUUUAUACUUGGAAAGGAUCUCAGUUUUGUGGGGAUGCAUGACACUUGAGACGAUGGGAUAUUGUCUAUCUAUGUUUAUUAAAUGAUAGCCUUCUUGGAUUUUGAAAGGCAGUUUGCUGAAUUUGAUUGUGAAGAAAAUUAAAAGCAACAUACGUUUGGAGUCACCAUAUCUUUCAGACUGUUUGUUCUGUGUAAGUUGGAUUACAGCGAUCAUAUGCACUGAUUGUAUUCUUUAUUCUUAGCUAGUAUGCGCCGGUUGUUCCUCUGAAAUGCAGAUGUUGGAAAAUUGUUGCCGAAGUACAUAGCAUAUAUAGACAAGGAAGUUCAAGAGAAGCAGUACAAUUAAACAUAGGUUUUUGCUGAGCAAA